CCCAAUUUUAUAUUUAAAAUAGGAACAUUAGGAAAAAAGACCAUCCACAAAUUUUUUGUGGAGCUAGUAGACAAAAAUCGAAAUACUUCAGAUUGUUGGAAAUAUAAAAUAGUAAGGCAAUUUUCCUCAGCAGCUCAGUCUCAUUAUGAGAUUAGCGUCUAUGGAUACUGCAAUCAUUUGCAGAUUAGCUCUUUCACCCAACCAUGUAAUUAACCCUUAUUCUGGGGAUAAAAUUUAUUCUUGUAGAGGAUUGUACAAAUACCGUGGCUUGCUUUUGCCUGUGUCAGCAACUGGAUCUAAAGGAGGAGUAUUAGACAGACCUGUAAUAGAGAAAACCACUCCUGGACGUGAAUCUGAAUUCAAUCUGAGGAAAUCAAGGAAAAUAGCUCCCCCAUAUCGCGUAAUGCUGCACAAUGACAACUUCAACAAAAGAGAAUAUGUCGUUCAAGUCCUGAUGAAGGUUAUACCCGGAAUGACAGUCGACAAUGCAGUAAAUAUCAUGCAAGAGGCACACCACAAUGGUCUGUCAGUGGUCAUAAUAUGUGCUCAGGCCGAUGCUGAAGAACACUGUAUGCAGUUGCGUAGCAACGGGCUUCUGAGCUCGAUUGAACCUGCGGGUAGUGGAUGCUGAGAGUGAAGUGAAGUGUAUGAUUUUGAUACAAUUAACAUCUACAUUUGUAUAUAUUUAUUACAGUGACCAUUAUCCAUGUGAAUUGUGCACCUUCGCUUUCCUGUGUUCAAAUCUAGAUAAUGGACUUAUCAAAUAUCAAUACAUAUAAUGCUAUUACUAAUCUACUGUCUAAAA